AUGAAUAAAAAUCGAAUAGGUACACGUAGUCAGGGAAAUUUAGUGCAUACACAAUUGGAACCAACUAAACGCAUAAAAAAUCCGAAGAAAAUGGCUGAAAGCAAAACGCAAGCGUUUUCUUUUAUUGAACCAUUAAAACUGGUUCCAAAAUAUUCGGGGGAAAUAGAAAUACGACCGUUUAUAGAUACAUGUGAAAUAAUAAUGAGUAUGAUUGACUGUAGUCAGUUGAUAUUUUUUGCAAAAAUGGUUGCGUUAACAAAGUUGACAGAUAGAGCGUACAAUAUUAUAGAGAUACAUCUAACUAGGCUAAUAUUAGAAAAAAUGUUAUUAGACCCAUUGGAAAUUUCUUAUGUUAUGGCUAACUUGCAAAUUGAAUUAAGUUUGAUACAAAUGGGUAAAAAUAAGAUAGCGAACGGCUAUAAUACGAGAGUUGAGAGUAUAUUCCAGAAAUUGUGUGCGUCUAUUACUGCAGGGAAGUCGGAGGAUACGGCAUUAACGAUUAAGGACAUUGUGAAAACACAAGCAAUUGUUAGUAUAUUAAUGGGCUAA